CACUUGCUUAAGAAGUGGCAAUUCAAAUAGCACGCUACGGUGAUUACUAUGGGGUUUGAUAAAGCAAAGGAUGUAAAUGAGUUGUUUACUGAACAUACCGUUGAGGAGUUGCAGCGAGUCGUACGCCAAAAACGAACUGAAGUAGAACAAAAAAAAGACGAACUUCGCCAGCUUGUAGGAGAAAGACAUAGAGAUAUUAUUGACGCAUCUGACCGGAUAUUGCUGAUGAAAAACCUGACUUUCGAGGUUUCUUCUUUGAUAGACCAACUGAGGUCAACUCUGUCAACGUGGAAUCAGAAUCCAGAGAUCAAACAAGAGUAAGUUAUGUAUAUUUCAUUUGUAGUUUUUCGACUGAAACUCAGUCACACGAACUAUCAACUGCUGCACAGCUCAAAUUGAUGCUCGAUAUUCCUGAAUUGAUUUGGAAUCAUAUGGACUUAGGUCAACAUGUUUUGUCUGCAAGAAUGUGUUUUCUUGGUCGACAUUUAAAUGCAAGAUUGAAUUUGAGCCACGAGACCAAUUUUUCCCACAUUAACGCAAAGGUGCUUGUUAGCCGAGCGUGGGACUCUUUAGUGCAUCUGGAGACAGCUGUAGUUUUGGCAUGUCGCAGACGAUUAUGUGCUCCUCCAUCAUCAAAAGAAGAAAUAUGCGAUUCCCUCGUCGCUUUGACAAUUCUGGAAGAUCUGUCUUUACCACAAGUCAUUGACGAGUACUUUAAAAGCAGAAAGGUCGCAUUGUAUAGUGUUCUGGGUGUAGAGUGUUCACUACCUCAAGAAAUCAUCAAAAUGAAGCCUAAUUUUAUUCUACCAGUCCGCAAGCAGUUGUCUUUAGUCGUUCGACUUAUUUCCUCAACCUUGGAAUUUCUCGAUUUUCUCUUCACUUCGAAUGUCAUUAGUGAGGUGCGUGCAUGUGGUGGAGCAGUGAAUUCGCAAAUAACUUCGUUAAACAACUGGAAAUUUUACGACUCGUCUACUUUUUCCAAGGAUCGACUUUAUACACAUCUACCGAGUGAUGUGCUCAAUUUUAAAUUGAAGAGUUUCAAGUUUUCAAGUGAUCUAUCACAUUUCGUACAAGGUGAAGGACAGAGUUCUCUUAUAGAGUUAGUACAAAAAUGUUGGGAUGUCUGGCGAGAUGACGCAAUUCAGAUAUGUUACAAAGUGCUUUCAGAGUCACUAUCUCAUGUUUCUUGCUUUGAAACAUUGGUUGAUCUGCGUACUGCCAUACUGGUACUUGUACAUCGGUUACAAAUUUGCACUUCGGUAGUUACCAAAACAGGUGAUCACACUUCAAUUGGGGGUUACUCCAAGCCAUUCGUAUUUGAUAUUUGGACGGAGUUGCUUCGUGACUUGUUUUUGCGGAGGUUAGAGGUAUUGUUUACCGAGAAUUUAGAAAACAGUUUCAAUGAAUGGAUCUCACAGUUGGAUGAUUUACUGACACGGAAUUCAAAGUUUCAAAAAGAGGACGAAAAUGAAAUAUCUAAGGCGCUGCGGAAUACCAAAUCGUUUCUAAAGAAUCCCGUAGAUGAAGGUCAGAUUGAUUGGGCCAGCUUUGUUUGGUCAGAUGGUAUGAGAGACAUCAAUGUGAAAAACUCCAUUUCUACUGAAGUGCUCAGUCACAGAGAAACAUUGACAGCAUCAACGAGUGCUUGCAAUAAUGAAAUUCUGUCCCAUUUAGUAAAGUCGAAUAAUGUAGGCCUAGUUGUGUUUUGCUGUCUUGCACACCUGUCGAUUCCUAACUCCUUUCCUUUAAUGGGAAAUGAAAAAGAGCAAGAUUUGACGUCGUCAUCUCAUAUGUUGGUGUUUUUGCAACGAUUGAUCAGUGAAAAUAUUUCCUCUACAUUUGAAAAUGUGCCAAACUGUGUGCAACCAUCUAAUUUUGGCAACACCGACUUACAAAGGAAACUCCAAGUGUUGUUACCCGAGCUACAAUCAAUAUGCGAGAAAUUGAAUAUAGACCUUUCAAAUUGUAUUAUUAAAUUAACUUCAAAUGUUGGUCGAGAUUCCUUCGACAUUUGGUCACUUGUAUUGUCAGCAUUGGAGAAAGCGUUGAGUGGGGUGGCUAACUGGAUAACAAAAAAAGCUUAUGGAAAGGAAACAAUCAACAAUGAAUGUACGGAUAUAUCUCUGCCUCUGAAAAUUAGUCCAUCCUGUUGCCUACUUCUUUCACGUGCCUGGUAUGCUUUAGUAGAUUGUUGUCCGUCUAUCAUUGCAGCAUCGAUCGCUGCCACAGGACAGAUUGAAUCAGGUUGUGCUGUGAAACCUGGCCUGAAUAACUCCACCAAUUCAACAAACUCUGCAGAAUAUAGUUCAACGACAGAAGGUUUGGUGUGGGCAAAUAUUUCAUUGUUACGUCGUGGAUGGGAUUCUCUAAGUCAGUCAUUGUUUCAAUUGGUCAACCGAAUUACACUUGAUUCUUUGGUGAAUGCUACAGUGGAAGACAAAAUUUUCAAAGAAUUCUGUGAUAGUUUAUAUUCAAUGUUUUCGGUCACCUGUAAAAAAACUGAUGAUGAAUAUAUAAAUGAUAAUUCUGAGUCGAAUGUCUCUUUCGAUGAAGCCACAGUGAAAAAUCUUUUACUGAAGUAUGCCAAUGUUGAUGUCAUGUCAAGGGAUAUAGUGCCCUUUGAAGAAGUUCAACUUGAAUUGGAUCAUUCUGCCGCAGCGGCAGCAACAGAAGAUGUUGAUAUUAGUUCAACUGCUUUCAUACAGAUACCUUCACAACUUUCAUUACCAAUGCAUCAUAUGCUUAUGCAUAUAGUGUAUGCUAUGGGAAAACUUAUGGUACAUAAAUCACUUCAACCACCAUAUCAUCAUCUGUUUCUAUCGAAAAUCUGUACAGCAUUUAUCAAAGUAUACUCCACUAUUGUUGAUGACUUGUUUUCGCAUCGUAAUAUCACUACUGAUCAAUGCUCAGAUGAUGUAUGCUUAUGGUUAUCUGAUUCUCUACAAAAAUUGUUACAAGCACGAGCUUUACAAAUAAUCUUUGAUUUGAAAUUCCUCCAGCGUUUAUUAGUUUCAUCGAUAUCGAAAAAUCAAUUGGAUACCUCAUCUAGACAUAUCCAAUCCACGAUACAAGGAUUAACAUCUCGUUUAGAGACACUUGUUGAUCCUUUUGAUUGGAAUGUAUGCGCUUCUCGUUUAAGUCGUAAUGUGGCUAAUACAAUCACAUCUACUUAUCACCUUUAUGCUACAAUCAUCGGACCGAAUUCAUUUUCACAAAUUGAAACUCUUAGAUGUUCUAAAUCUACGGUGAAAGAGGAAUCAGUUGAAAACAAGGCAACUUUUUCCUUUUUACCGUUUAUUUCAGGCACAAAAAGUAAAGUCAAGCUGAAUUUAAAUCCACUGCCACUUAAUUCAUCUGUUUGCGUAAAUAAAUGGUCAGUAUUGAGGACUGGAAACAUGUAUACCAAACAAAUUUGAGGAGCCAUCUCAUACCUAUAGAAAAGUGUGGACAGUAUUAAAAAAGACCCUAGUACUGCUGUGCAGUGAUCCAAAUUUUUGUGCUUCAAUAACUUCACAUUAAAUGCCCAAGUGCCUAUAAAUGCCUGUUGAUCACAACUUAAAGUACACAUUCUCUUAGAAUGUGUCUUUUCGGGAUACUCACUACCCAGUUUCUCGAAACAAUUGCAAAUAUAAAUGUUUCUAUUAAAACGUGAAAGCCGAUUUUGAUAUUUAUUCUUACAUUGUUUUUCAAUGUAGUUUGUUCAUUUUCUACUAAUUUUGCCUUAUCUGUGAUCGUCUUUCAGUCUGAAGGUUCCAUACAUACUGUCACUUUAUCUUAUUUUUUACGGUGAUCGGUUAUGAUAUAUUCUAAUAGUUUGUAGUGGGUGUUUUUAACUUUUAAUUUGUUUCAAAAAUAAAUAAACCACAUAACUCAUCAAAGCCUUUAAUCACUUCAUUUAUACAUUAUGCUUGUCAGUAAAAAUUUUCUAGUUUUAUCUUUUGCCAGGAUUAAACUAUAUAUGAUAGGACUUCUCAGUAGUUAGCGUUUCC